UUACAGGUGUCCUGGAUUAGAAAAAAGGAUUAUCAUCUGCUGACAGUCGGCCUGACGACAUAUAGUAGUGAUGAAAGAUUUAGCGCAACACACUUAAAGCACUCAGAGGAUUGGACGCUGCAAAUAAAAUUCGUGCAACUGCGUGACGCUGGCGUCUAUGAGUGUCAGGUAUCAACUCAUCCGCCCACAUCGAUAUUUCUUCACUUGGAUGUUGUCGAAGCACGUGCCGAAAUAUCGGGACCACCAAUCCGAUAUCUAACACCAGGAUCAACGUUACGUCUGCAAUGUCGUGUUGUUCAAAAUACUGUAGCAUCAGAAUAUAUAUUUUGGUAUCACGACAACCGAAUGAUAAAUUAUGACAUCGACAGAGGAAUAAACGUUUCAACGGAAGCAGAUUUUCAAUCAUCGGAGCUGACUAUCCUGAAAACCAGACGGGAACAUUCUGGUAAUUUCACCUGCGUAGCUAGCAACACCCAGCCCGCCAGCGUGCUGGUGCAUAUUUUUAAAGGUGAUAACCCGGCGGCGAUGUACCAUGGUCAUGUCGGAUCGUCGACAAAGUCAUAUCAAACCCAUCUUCAUAGUAUAAUGGCAAUCAUUUCGAUUGGCUAUAGUAUAUUCCUGGCGUACAUGCAUCUGGAGGUUGUGUAAUUGUAAAAAUCCCCAAAGGCACACAGGAAGAAGUAUGCACGAGUGCGAGUAUUACUAUCAAAACUUACAGUCGGGUGGAAAAGAAUAACAACAGAUAAAACCAAAAAUUAUAUAGAAUAAUUAUUCUUUUGUAUAAUAUUAAUAGAGAAUCGAAAAAAAAAACAAAAAAAAAUAGUUUAAUUCAUUAAAUAAAAACAAAGAAAACAAAAUAUUUGUAAGGAUAUUGUCUUUAAGGAUCAGAACUAAACUUUGUUUCAUAGAUUUCUUCUUUCUAGAUAUUUAAAAUAAAAAUAUCUUGAUAUUGAUAAAUAGAUUUCAAUAAAACAAACAAUUAAAUACUUUUUAAAAUAUGGCUAUAAGAUUGCAUAAGUACAAGGUGAUUCAAAAAUCGUUUUGUUGAGUUAUUAGUAAAUUUUUGUUUUCAAAAAAAAAUUAACAGGCUUAUAAAUUAGUUUAUCUAUGAAAGUUAAGUAUCGCCUCAAACCAGAAUACAAAAGAGUGAGAACAAAUCAAAUGUAUGAAAUAAUUUUU